UCUUCCUCAGCUGCGCUUGACCUACGCAGAUUUUCACUUUGGCAAGAGUCGUGGGCUAGGAAAGAGUGAGGCGUUUUUUCCUCUGCUGAAACCCAACGGCGGAGCCCCAUUUCGCAAUUCGUUCAUCUACCCUUGACUUUCUUUAUCCGAUUUUAUCUUGCAAUUUUUUGUGUCAUUUGUCGUACCUUUACAACAUGGUUUGGUCCACGUUGGUAUUGAGUUUCGCCUUAUUUCUGUGUAGUAGUGCAGCAUUAGAGACUGAGUAUCUAGGAAAAGCAAACCAUACUGUCAGACUUGUUCACAUGUUAUAUCGUCAUGGUGAUAGGACUCCUGUUCGACCAUAUCCUAAGGACCCCUAUCUCAACUUAACUAAUUGGCCUGUGUCGUGGGGACAGCUGACUAAGGAAGGCAAAGAUAGGCAUUUUAAACUGGGACAGUUGAACCGGGAACGCUAUGAAGGCUUUCUUUCAGAGUCAUAUGAUCCUGAUGAAAUAUAUGUCAGGUCCAGUGAUGUCGACAGGACCUUGAUGAGUGCACAAUGUCAUUUGGCUGGAUUAUAUCCACCCACCAAUCAGACCAACCAAACUUGGAAUCCUGAUCUUAUCUGGCAACCUAUUCCAGUUCACACUAUUCCCAAAGAUGAUGAUCUCCUACUGGUAUUGGAGUCGAAAUGUCCUCGAUAUGACGAGCUUCUCGCUGAUCUCAACGCGUCGCCAGAGGUUCGCAAACGCCUAGAUAACAACAAAGAAUUACUGGAUUAUUUAGCCGAGAACAGUGGCCUAAAUAUCACAGAAAUUGACGACGUUGAAUAUCUUUACGACACGCUCUUUAUCGAAAAUCGAUUUAACAAACCGCUACCCGAAUGGACAAACAAAUUCUUUCCCAAUCCAAUGAAGGAAUUAUCCGAUUUCAGUUUUGCCAUGAAAGCUUUCACUUUGGAAAUGCAGCGUCUUCGUGGAGGUCCUCUGGUGAAGGAGUUGGUUGAACAUUUGAGAGAUUACGCCCAGUCAACGUUGACCCCUCCCAACAGGAAGCUGUUCAUGUAUUCGGCUCACGACGUCACCGUCGCCACUUUUCUCUCCGCCCUGAAGAUAUUCAACGACAUCCAACCACCGUAUGCAUCCAUGGUGCUUGUGGAGCUACACGAACUAAAACCUAACGACUUGUCAAUCAAGAUUUUGUACAAAAAUGUGUCGGAUGACGGUCGUAAGCCUCAAGUCCUUACACUGCCCGGUUGCACGCCAUUCUGUCCAUUAGACAAGUUUUUCGAGCUUGUCACGGACGUUAUGAGCGAUGACGUUAAAGUUGAGUGCAAAUUGAUCGCGCCUGCUUCUAAUUUCAAUGCCAUGCUAGUCAUUAGCAUUCUGGCUGCUUUAAGCUGCCUGUUCCUGGUAGCCUUGUUGCUGGUUAGCGGCCUGUGGUACCGCAAAAUGAGACUAGAAAAUGGCUACGCCUACAGUACCAUUCAAGCUGAAUGAAGUGCCAAAACAUACGCAUAAAAAAAGAAUAAUAUUUUCUUGUUUUACCUUCUCAUUUGGUUUUUCCUUUCCCGUGGUGACAGUGGGUAUUUCGAUAAUGAUCUGUUUUUGAGUUUCGCGUAGUGAAACGAAAACGUCUGUACCUCUGACCGUAUUCCUCUCUCAGUUGUCAAUAAAGAAAAACAAAAAAUUUCUCAAAAUAA